AUGGGAUUGCAUUGCUGCAGGGUGGGAGCUGGACCCAUUGCCAAGAAGCUUGUAGAGGCCAAGUAUAAGGAGCGAGGAACUCUCUUGGCCGAGGCCCAGCUGGCCCAGAUGUCCACGCAGUUGGGCAUGUUCAAGACCAACCUGGAGGAAUUUGUUGAGUUCCCGGUGCAGUUCCUGGACACAUGUGUCGCCCUUGGCGUGGAUCGGCUCCCCUCCGGAAGAGGAUUUUGGUCUGCGUUGGGGGGUGAGGGAGCUCUCGGUUGCGACCUGGGGAUCCAGAAGAUGGAAGCAUGUGUGGCCCCGACGCCCAGGAAGGGAGGUCUGUUCACUCUGGAGGGACUACAGCAAGACGCGUCCAAGGGAAGGGGCCGAUUCGCCCAGGAUGUCAGCCACGACCGUUUGAUCAGGGCCAUGAAGAAUCUAGAGGCACCCGGCACUGGCGCAGGUGCCCCCGCCUUCGGUCGGCGCCAGCUGAGCUCAGUGCCGACCGCCCCGCCCCGCGGAGCCGCAGCCGGCAGGGAGGGAUGGCUACGUGACUGUCGGGGAUAUCAAAGCCCGUCUCAGGCGGGAGGCCACGCGCUGGGGCACCUGCCGAAGGAAGGGCCGGCCCGCCUGGCCCCUCGGGCCCUGCGGGAGGCUCGCCACGGGCUGCCAGCUCUCUUGGCAGACCCCCUCCUUCCAGGCCAUUACUGCUGA